AUGGCUUACACACGUGCUCAACUUGUCGAUGUGCUGAUCAUACAACGAUUGAUUCGAACAGUAUAUCGAUCGUCAAAAAUCACAGUUCAACAGGUGGAAGUUAUCCAAGGCUAUCUUGGGCAGGUCUACGUCACUAGACUUGCAGAUGGCAGCAGUCUCGUGCUCAAGUGCCCACCAGCACAUAAUGUUCGACUCCUCCGCCACGAGAAACACAUCCUGGAUACCGAACGCAAGACACUCGAGAUGAUCCGCGAAUACACCCGAAUACCUAUUCCACAACUUAUCACAUUUGACAGUCACAGCUCAGCACUCGGGCGGCCCUUCCUCCUAAUGAGCCACAUACCCGGCCGACGACUCUCAGAACUCGCACCGUAUCUCACGCCCAGCGAACGCAAUGCAAUCGAUCACACCAUGGGCACGCACAUGCGCUCGCUGACGGCACUAUCAGCUCCCCAAUUCGGGCAGUCCCACCGCGUCUUCGCCAAGAAAGGCAGUACCACCUGGCGCGAAGCGUUCCUCGGACUACUCGAGUCGACGCUGCGGGACGCAGAAGAUAUGCUGGUCAAUCUGCAUUCGGAGAGUAUCCGCUACUGGGUCGGCAAGCACGCGCACCAUUUGGAUAAAGUGACGGAACCACGCCUCGUAGCACCCAAUGCGUGCAACGCAGACAACAUUUUGCUCGAUGAGCAUACCAAGCAAGUCAUUGGCCUCGUCGGCUUCUCUAAUAUCAUCUGGGGCGAUCCACUUAUGAGUGGCGGUAUGGCGGACGCUAGCGAGGCGUUUUUGACAGGCCUGGGUGAGUGUGCGCCGAGGACGGGGCCUGCAAAGGUUAGGAUUAUGAUAUACAGGAUUUACAGGGCUACGCUGCGUCUCGUGGCACACCACUAUCGGCUGCAUGACGGCACUGACGAGCUUGAUGCACGUCGCGAGUUGAGCACUGCGCUCAACUUGCUUGCGGCCGUCUGA